AUGUCUUCCUCAGUAUAUAACCAUAGAGUUCCCAGUUACAACCAAUCUAGGAAAAUGACGAUAAACAAGCAAGUAUUGUCCACGAAGAUGGAACUUGUUUUGCCUCUUACUCUUAUUUUCGCUCUGUUUUGUAUAUGUCCAACUUCAGCACACCGAAAUCAAAAAUUCGCCAAAGCAUUAAAGGAACAUUAUUUUCCAACAGCGGAAAUCGAUGUUCCAAACAACCUGUUGACGUACGUUGUUCGAGUUAAAAAGCCUGAUGAGGCUGGUUAUUCUCUUCAGUCGAAGGAGGAGUUGCAUGGUUGGUACCUUUCGCUUCUUCCAUCCAGUACAAAAUCUUAUCAUAACCAGAAGCGCAUCACUUUCUCAUACCGCAACGUGAUGGAUGGAUUUGCCGUGGAAUUGACCCCAGAAGAAGCCGAAGCUCUUCGAGAGAAGGAGGAGGUUGUGUCAGUCAGUCCAGAAAGGUCCUUUUCAUUACACACAACUCACACUCCAGCGUUCUUGGGAUUGCAACAAGGACUAGGAUUAUGGAAAAAUUCCAAUUUUGGGAAAGGCAUCAUAAUAGGAAUUCUGGACACAGGCAUAAACCCUGAUCACCCUUCUUUCUCUGAUGAAGGAAUGCCACUUCCACCAGCAAAAUGGAAUGGCAUCUGUGAAUUCUCAGGAAGGAGGACUUGCAACAACAAGCUCAUUGGUGCAAGAAGUUUCGUCAAAAACCCAAACUCAUCCCUUCCACUGGAUGAUGUUGGACAUGGGACCCACACAGCCAGCACAGCCGCAGGGAGGUUUGUGCAGGGUGCUAAUGCCUUUGGCAAUGCCAAAGGUACAGCAGUUGGCAUGGCACCUGAUGCACACUUAGCAAUGUACAAGGUAUGUGACGCCUUUGGUUGUUCUGAAAGCGCUAUACUAGCUGGAAUGGACACUGCCGUUGAGGAUGGUGUGGAUGUACUUUCUCUCUCCCUUGGAGGGCUCUCUGGUCCUUUCUUUAACGAUCCAAUUGCACUUGGUGCGUUCAGUGCAAUCCAGAAGGGAAUUUUCGUUAGUUGUUCAGCUGCUAACUCUGGUCCUGGUUAUUUCACUUUGUCUAAUGAGGCUCCCUGGAUUCUCACCGUUGGUGCCAGCACCAUUGACCGAAGAAUAGUGGCAGCAGCAAAACUUGGCAACGGGCAAGUGCUUAACGGGGAAUCUGUUUUCCAACCCAACAACUUCACGUCCACGUUACUACCACUUGUGUAUGCAGGUGAAAAUGAAAAUUCCUUCUCGAGAUUUUGUGCCCCUGGAUCCUUAGAGAAUGUGGAUGUGAAGGGAAAGAUAGUGUUGUGCGAGGUUGGUGGAUUCGUUAAGAGAGUAGACAAAGGACAAGAAGUUAAGAACGCUGGUGGUGUAGCCAUGAUCCUCAUGAAUUCAGUAAUUGAAUACUUCAGUCCCUUUGCCGAUGUUCACGUUCUUCCUGCUAUACACUUAAGUUACCCUGCUGGGUUAGCCAUCAAAAGUUACAUAAACUCAACCUCAACGCCAACAGCAACAAUCUCGUUCGGAGGAACAAUUCUUGGAAGUUUCUUUGCACCUGAAGUUUCUUCCUUUUCCUCAAGGGGUCCAAGUUUUGCAAGCCCGGGAAUUCUGAAGCCUGACAUCAUUGGUCCAGGACAGAACAUUCUAGCUGCAUGGACCGUGUCUUUGGACAACAAUGUGCCUCCAUUCAACAUAAUUUCAGGCACCUCAAUGUCUUGUCCUCAUCUCAGUGGCAUUGCUGCAUUGCUUAAAAACUCUCAUCCAGAUUGGUCUCCUGCUGCCAUAAAAUCAGCAAUCAUGACCAGUGCUAAUACAGUAAACCUUAGAGGGGUGUCCAUAUUGGACGAAAGGCAUCUACGUGCUGAUGUGUUUGCCACAGGAGCUGGACAUGUUAACCCCUUGAAGGCGAAUGAUCCCGGACUCGUUUAUGAUAUUCAACCAAAUGAUUACAUUCCUUAUUUGUGUGGCUUGAAUUACACUGACAAAGAAGUUGAACUGAUUUUGAAACAAAAAGUGGACUGCUCCGAGGUGAAAAGCAUACCGGAAGCUCAACUCAAUUAUCCCUCCUUUUCUAUUCUAUUGGGGUCUACUUCACAGUUCUACACCAGAACACUCACAAAUGUUGGACCCACCAAUGUAACCUACUGUGUGGAAGUUGAUGCACCUUUGGGAGUAGGAAUAAGCAUAAGCCCAGCUGAGAUAACAUUCACAGAGGUGAAGCAGAAGGUUACAUACUGGGUUGAAUUUGUUCCUAAAGACAAAAAGAGAGAGAAGGACGAGUUUUCUCAGGGGUCUAUCAAGUGGGUAUCUGACAAUUACUCUGUUAGAAUCCCUCUAGCUGUUAUUUUCCAAUGA